UAUUAUUUGGUGUGAAUUGCUGUGAAUAUAUUUUAUUGAUAGCAACAUGUCGUGGAUAAGAGAUUCAACAUUGAAUUUUUUUCAAAUGUUAGCUGUUAAAAUUGUUAAAACUGGAAAAGUACCAAAACAUGUUGCAUUUAUUAUGGAUGGUAAUAGAAGAUAUGCUGAUAAAAAAAAUGUUGCUGGUUUACAAGGACAUACUGCUGGUUUUGAUAAACUUGCUGAAACUUUACAAUGGUGUCUUGAUUUGGGAAUUAAAAUUGUAACUGUUUAUGCAUUUAGUAUUGAAAAUUUUAAACGUACUAAAAAAGAAGUUGAUGAUCUUAUUGAAUUGGCUGUUGAAAAAUUUCAAAGGCUAUUGGAUGAAAAAGAUAAAUUAAUGGAACAUGGUGUACGUGUUAAUAUUGUUGGCAAUAUGUCAUUAAUACCAGAUAGAUUACGUAAACUUAUGGCUGAAGCAAUGACAAUUACCAAAGAUAACAAUAAAGCAAUGUUAAAUGUUGCAUUUGCUUAUACAUCACGUGAUGAAAUGACUGAAACAAUUAAAACACUUACUGAUGGUGUUUGUAAACAAGAAAUAAAUCCAGCUGAUAUUGAUGAAGAUGUUUUUACAAAAUGCAUGUAUACAUAUCAAUCACCACCACCAGAUCUUUUAAUUCGUACAUCUGGUGAAGUUAGAUUCAGUGAUUUUUUACUAUGGCAGAUAUCACAUUCGUAUAUUUAUUUUGCAAAUGUACUUUGGCCAGAAUUUAAUAUUUGGAAUUUAUUAACAGCUGUAUUUCAUUAUCAACGUUCUUAUGAUGAUUUAAAUAAAUCUGAAUCUAAAAAAUACAGUUAUAAUCAAACUGUCUUUUCAACGUGUGCUAAUAAAUAUGUUAAUAAUUUACACGAUAAACGUCAUAUUAUUUUAGAAAAUUUAGCAUCACAAAAUGCUGUUAAAUCCUGAAAAUAAUAAAUAUCAAAUUUUAUUUAUUUGUACGAAAAAAAAAUUAAUAAUAAAUAAUAAAAUUAUACAACAA